AUGGAGUCUUCUGCCGUCGCCGCGUGCGCUGUCCGAGGCAACUUCAUCUACCUCUACUACCGCUCAGGCCAAAGGCCCUUCACCAAGCCCCUCUUCGUCCUCUCCCCACAAUCUUUCUCUUCCUCAGGCUCCAACACCGGCUCCCAUGCAGCAACCUCUGUACCCAUCAAUCCAUAUGCCCCUUCCUCUCUCUCCCAAACUAACAGUUAUAGUCGGGACGAUACCACCACCAUCAUCGCCCCCUCCAAAAACGACGACGGGAGGACCCUUGAUACCGCAACUGAUAUUGGCCCAACUACAGCUCCCAGUAGUGGCGGCAACGGUGCCCUCUUUAUUCAAGUCCAGAACACCUACAAUUCGAGUCCCAGUUUGGAAACCCUUGGACUCCAGGCGUCCAGUAUAAGCAUAGCCGCGACAUCCUCCUUUGACAGCCAUACAGGCAUCUAUCGAUAUGACCUCCUACUGGCCUUUAGCCAACUCCCUCCAAGUUCACCACUCGUCUUCCAGAUGACUGCACAAUCUCCAGCCACAGGAAACAGCCAAGACUCUUCUAUCUCGGAUUCUCCCUGGACACUCAACACUAUCUCACAGCCGGCCAUUACGCCAUUUGGAGUCGCAACACAAUUCUGGCUUGCGGCAAGUGCCUCGUCAGCACUUGAGGGAUCCUCUUUCUAUCAGCUGUAUUCAACUCAUGAUAGCCCUGAGCUCCGCCUCAGCAGAUAUGAUGCUGCCAAGCAGAAUGUCACGGAUGUGAGCGGCACUAUUCUAAUCCGAGCUGAUUUGAACCCAACCAUGAUUAAACUGACAGGCAUUACUGGGUUUAAUGGGGCUAUCAUUGGUGAUUCGAGUACCACAGCCACCUCGACCGGGAUCCAGUUUAUGGACAGUACUGGACCAUUGCCAUGA